UGGAGCGCGUAAUAAGAGAGUUGGAGUCGGAAAGAGCCGCCCCAGUCGCCGGGGAAGCGGGCGGUCAGUGCGGGCUCCGGCCGCCCCAAGGCUCCGAGCGCCCGCCCCCGGCCCCAGCGCGGCCCCAGCCCGGCCCCUAGCCCCCGCUGCCCACGAGCGCCCUGGAUCGCCCCCACCGGUCCCGGGUCCGAGCCAUGUGUCGCUGAGCGCCCCGAGCGCGCCCCCGCCCCGGAUCCGAGUGGCUUCGCCCCCCCCCUCCCGACCGGCGCCGCCCAUGGCCGAGGCCCCCCCGCGCCGCCUCGGCUUGGGCCCCCCGCCCGGGGACGCCCCUCGCGCCGAGCUGGUGGCGCUCACGGCCGUGCAGAGCGAGCAGGGCGAGGCGGGCGGGGGCGGCUCCCCGCGCCGCCACGGCCUCCUGGGCAGCCCCCUGCCGCCCGGCGCGCCCCUCCCAGGGCCGGGCUCCGGCUCGGGCUCCGCCUGCGGCCAGCGCUCGUCCGCGGCGCACAAGCGCUACCGCCGCCUGCAGAACUGGGUCUACAACGUGCUGGAGCGGCCCCGCGGCUGGGCCUUCGUCUACCACGUCUUCAUAUUUUUGCUGGUCUUCAGCUGCCUGGUGCUGUCCGUGUUGUCCACUAUCCAGGAGCAUCAGGAAUUUGCCAAUGAGUGUCUCCUCAUCUUGGAAUUUGUGAUGAUCGUGGUGUUUGGCCUGGAGUACAUCAUCCGAGUGUGGUCCGCGGGCUGCUGCUGUCGCUACCGAGGAUGGCAGGGCCGCUUCCGCUUCGCCAGGAAACCCUUCUGUGUCAUCGACUUCAUCGUGUUCGUGGCCUCGGUGGCCGUCAUUGCCGCCGGCACACAGGGCAACAUCUUUGCCACGUCUGCGUUGCGUAGCAUGCGCUUCCUGCAAAUCCUGCGCAUGGUGCGCAUGGACCGGCGCGGCGGCACCUGGAAGUUGCUGGGCUCCGUGGUCUAUGCGCACAGCAAGGAACUGAUCACCGCAUGGUACAUUGGGUUCCUGGUGCUCAUCUUUGCCUCCUUCCUUGUCUAUCUGGCCGAGAAGGAUGCCAACUCGGACUUCUCCUCCUACGCCGACUCGCUCUGGUGGGGGACGAUUACACUGACCACCAUCGGCUAUGGUGACAAGACACCACAUACAUGGCUGGGCCGGGUCCUGGCUGCUGGCUUCGCCUUAUUGGGCAUCUCCUUCUUUGCCCUGCCUGCUGGCAUCCUUGGCUCUGGCUUUGCCCUGAAGGUACAGGAGCAACAUCGGCAGAAGCACUUUGAGAAGCGGAGGAUGCCAGCAGCCAACCUCAUCCAGGCUGCAUGGCGCCUGUAUUCCACUGAUACCAGCCGGGCCUAUCUGACAGCUACCUGGUACUAUUAUGACAGCCUCCUCCCAUCCUUCAGAGAGCUGGCCCUCUUGUUUGAGCACGUGCAACGGGCCCGCAAUGGGGGCCUACGGCCCCUGGAGGUGCGGCGGGCGCCAGUCCCCGAUGGAGCGCCCUCCCGCUACCCACCCGUUGCCACCUGCCACCGGCCAGGCAGCACCUCCUUCUGCCCUGGGGAAAGCAGCCGGAUGGGUAUCAAAGACCGCAUCCGCAUGGGCAGCUCCCAGCGGCGGACAGGUCCUUCCAAGCAGCACCUGGCACCUCCGCCCAUGCCUACCUCCCCGGGCAGCGAGCAGGUAGGCGAGGCCACCAGCCCCACCAAGGUACAGAAGAGCUGGAGCUUCAAUGACCGCACUCGCUUCCGGGCUUCUCUGAGACUCAAGCCCCGCACCUCUGCGGAGGAGGUCCCCUCAGAGGAAGUAGCGGAGGAGAAGAGUUACCAGUGUGAGCUCACCGUGGACGAUGUCAUGCCUGCGGUGAAGACGGUCAUUCGCUCCGUCAGGAUUCUGAAGUUCCUGGUAGCCAAAAGGAAAUUCAAAGAGACAUUGCGACCCUACGACGUGAAGGAUGUCAUUGAGCAGUACUCGGCAGGGCACCUGGACAUGCUGGGCCGGAUCAAGAGCUUGCAGACUCGGGUGGACCAGAUUGUGGGUCGGGGGCCCGGGGACCGGAAGACUCGGGAGAAGAGCGACAAGGGGCCCUCGGAGGCGGUGGAGACAGUGGAUGAAAUCAGCAUGAUGGGACGCGUGGUCAAGGUGGAGAAGCAGGUGCAGUCCAUCGAGCACAAGCUGGACCUGCUGUUGGGCUUCUACUCGCGCUGCCUACGCUCGGGCACGUCAGCCAGCCUGGGCACCGUGCAAGUGCCGCUCUUCGAUCCCGACAUCACCUCCGACUACCACAGCCCCGUGGACCACGAGGACAUCUCCGUCUCCGCACAGACGCUCAGCAUCUCCCGCUCAGUCAGCACCAACAUGGACUGAGGGGCUAUUCGGGGAUGGGACAGCACUCGGCUGGCCUCCCGGCCUGGGGCCCAAGCCCGCCCUCGGAGGCCUCUGGACUCCUCUCUUACUUGAACUCGCUCCCUCGCGGGGAGAGAGGCCACACGCAGUAUUGAGCUGCUUGGGUGGGCAACAUACCUGCUGUGAGUGGCGGUGCCCUCCAGGACCCCGAGAUGCCAGGCCAUGUGCAGGGCCGUCGCAGCGCCUGCCCCGUGCUCUCUGGGCUCCCCAGUACCCUGCCUGCUCCAUCAAGGUGUGACCUGGCCCAUCUGGCAGGGCAGUUGUGCCCGGAGUGGGAGUGGGCACUAGGGCCUGGGCCCUGACACAGCUUCCAGCUAUGCAAGGCGAGGUCUCUGGCCUGCCCUUCGGACAGAGCAGGGAAGCCCUCCUGCCAAGGCCUCACCCCACUUGGGGAUGGGCCCAAGGUGCCUGACAGGUAUCCACAAAGCACAGGACCCUGCCACAAGGCAGAUGAGCACCACAUAUGCAAACUAUGGUAAAUAUGCAACUUGGGGACCCCCAUGGGGUCCCUCUGCCUCUCCCCCUUUGGGAGAUGGGCCCCAGCCAUAGCUGGUCUUAGGCUGCUUGGCCUUGAGCCCAUCAUCCCCAUUCUUUGGCUUAUCACUUCAUCCUCACUCAGCAUGGGGCCUGUCUCUCCCCUGCCCUCUCCCAGGGCAGUGCCUGGGCCUGCCCUCCUAUUUUCAGGUGUCACCUCACAGGGGCUUUCUCUCUCUGCCGGAUGUCCACUCCCCUCUUUGGCCCUCCAGCACACAUUUCUGUAAUCUCCCCAAACCUCCCUGACAGUGCUCCAAGGUCAGUCACAUGAAAAUGGCCCUUUAGUUUUCCAGACACAGAGAAAGCCUCACACACGCUGAUUCACACAGCCACCCACACUUGGAGAUUUGAGCACAGAGCCACUUGCUCUUUCUUGGGCCCCUGUAGUCCAUGCUGGUGAGCUGGCCUUGCAGGGAGAUGUCUACUAAUAGGUAGCUUCUCACCCCUUUUGGGCAGGAUAGGAAGCUUUAUUUAUAGUGGCCCUAGGUCUCUUCAGGGCUACCCAGAGCUUUACCAACUCCCUUUCCUGAAGAAUAUAGACUCCUCUCUGGUCCAGGAACCUUAACUGCUGCCUCUGCCUGCUCCUGGGGACCUUCUUGGCAUCUCUAAGCAUAAUUCAGGCCCAGGUCUCUGGGGUUUGCACUCCACUUGGAGAGACCCCCUGGCCCACCUCCUUUUCUAGUCACUCUAACUCUCAGAGAGAACAACAGUGCAUCUAGAAAUGACACCAACUGUGCACCUGGUUGGCCCCACCCCACUUCUUUACUUCAGUUGACAGCCCUGCAUACUGGCAUUAGUGCCCAGAUGCUGCAGGACUCCAGAACCACUUUUCUUACCCUUUUGUUUGUCUUCUCAAAGCCAAUGCAGGGUGGCAGGAGGGUUAGGGGUAGUGGACCAGACCCAAGAGGCUAAGACCAGGCUGCUUGCAUCUCAUACUGGGGACCUGCAUGCACCAGCACCAAAGCUUGGGUUGGAACUCGCUCAGCCUCAUGGGUGCCCAGCCUCUGCCCUGCCAUGCCCUCUGCAUGUACCAUCAUGCCCUGGAUGGAGUCUAUCUUGGCUUGCCACACCUGCACUGCACUGUUCCCAGAGAGCCACUCCUCCACCCUGCUCAGAGACGGAACUGCAGAGAGGGGCAGGAGAAUAGGAUUAUUACCCUGUGACCAAAGGAGGCAUGGGAGAAGCCCCCCUUCCUUCCAUGAUCCAGGUUACCCCCUCCCCCGCCCCAGCCCAGUUGUCGGAUAUGCAAGUACCUCACUUUGUUAACUUAUUAACUUAUUGGUUUCAUUAAAGUUUUC